UUGGCUGGCGGCGAGGUAUCUCCUCUUGCACAUCCCUGUGUGGUAACAUAGAAAAAUAAGAUGCAGAACGACGCUGGGGAAUUUGUGGACCUGUACGUGCCUCGUAAAUGCUCUCCUAGCAACCGAAUAAUCUGUGUGAAGGACCAUGCCUCCAUUCAAAUGAAUAUUUCUAAGGUUGACAAGGUCACAGGCAGAGUCAAUGGCCAGUUCAAAACUUAUGCCAUUUGUGGAGCAAUUCGUAGGAUGGGUGAAUCUGAUGAUUCUAUUCUGCGUCUGGCAAAAAAUGAUGGGAUUGUUUCCAAGAAUUUCUAACUGAAGAGGCUCUCUGAUAUGGAACUUUUUGUGU